CUAAAUCUGCACAUUUUUAUACAUUUGUGUAAUUACAUUUAAAAUUUUGGGUCUUAGUGGCAUAUUUUAAUUUACUACAUAUUUGUCUGUAUUUUGCUUACUUAAUUAUGUCUCAUUCCUUAUCAUAGUCUUCAUUAAUGCAUUAACAGUGUAUUUGUUAAUUGGUAUUUUGUGCAGGACGUUUCAGACUACAUUACCCACAAUCCUUUCAUGAGCACAGUCACGUGUGUUGAGUUUAAAAUCACCACAGCAACGGGAGCGCGGAAGAGAAACCUGUUAAUUUGAGCAACCAUUUGCACAACUAUUUAGAUAAAUAGUGGACACUGGACAGCACCACUUAUAAUGAAAGCAAACGUGAAAUCUUCACCUUUACAGAAAAGUAUGCAGCAGGUAAGUGCGCAAUGCCUGUAAUGGCUUUUUAAAACGAACAGGUGUUAAUUAUUCUGUCAAUUUACAUGUAUGUUUAUGUCAAAAGCCAACGAUAACUGGAGCAGACCGCGGGCCGAGGCCAGCAGACUUUUCCCCAUAAUUCCAAAGGAUGCUGCUGUCAAGAUUGUCCCUGGAGCUCUGACAGCCAUGAGCUGGGGCUCUCCAGCCUCCACUGAAUCAAAGCAGUGUUUUGCGACAGAGAUGAAGGACUCAAUUAAAAAUCAGGUGUCUGCUGUGGAUAAUGGGGUAUCACUUCAGCUGAGAUACAGAGUCCAGACACAGAGAAGUCCACUGUCUAGUCACAAACCCAACCUAGAUUCAUCCCACUUCACCUGUAAAAUCACAGCACAAACCAACUACAACCAGUCCGACACUGUACGACCAAACAGCAAGAUGAGGGAUGCGGAGGAGCUUACCGAGGACAGGAAACUGCAAGCAGUAAUUGAGCAGGUUAUGGUGGAUCAGCUGUCGAGGGCUGUCAUUAGCGAUCCGGAACAGAAUGCUGUGUCUGUCAGUCCCACGAGUGUCCCACCACGCUACAGGAGAACUCUUCACCACACUAAAGUAAAAACUCGGAUGUCUUUAACAGAGAACAUCUUAUCCAACAAGCUCUGCUUUCAAGCCAGGAUUUUAUCAAGGUGUGGACGUGAGGCGUGUCGAAAACUGAUUGGCUUCUUUUUCACAUGUGACCAAACACUGACCGUGUAUGAGUACCGAAAUUUUGGUAAAAACAGAUGGAACGCACUGCCCUUUAUCGCGCGUGGUCUGUAUUUGAACAGAGGGAGGCCGUACUGCCUGCAGGACAUCUCACAGGGUGCCGAGCUUCGUUUCUGUGCAGACGGCCCACACCUCCCCCAAAGUCUGAGACAGCAGCCUUGCCUGACCCUCAGAGUUACUGAUGUGGAUGACACAGCCAAGGGAGCCCUGCUAACUCAGUUUGGGGAAACUCUGCUUCAUCUCUCUGAAGAGGAAAUCAAUGAUCGAAACACUCUAAAGGAAAUUCAAGGUGCAGUGCGCGAUAGGCUGAAGGGACAUGCGGUCCGAAACCUGAUCAAUCUAGGAAGAGAUCUGCAGAACUUACAUCUAAAGUCUGAUAGUAUGCAGAAAAAAGAGCUGCUCGGACGAUCUCUGAUGGAACAGCUGUGCCUCACUCAGCAGGACUUCGAGGCGGUGUGGAGGAUUGUGAGUCGGCGUGCAGAGGGGAGGGUGCACCCCGCUGAUGUGAUGCGUGCCGUUACCGGGGAGAUGAGCGAGAACAGAAAAGCCAUCUUCCUGAAGGUUUAUGUAAAGCUGGACCCAAAUAAAACCGGCUCCAUCUUCCUCAGUGAUAUUGAAAAAUUCUAUAGAGGCAAACAAGAGUCUGACGCAGCACUCGAAGCCGAUCUGAACCCUGACUUCCUGACCUUCGUACGGGACGCAGGAAAGCUCACCAAGACCGUGUCCUAUGCCGAGUUUGAGGACUAUUAUGAGGGUCUGAGUCUUGAAAUCCCUGAUGAUGAAGAAUACAUCAACAAUCUGAGAGCUACAUGGAGUAUCUGAGGGCAUCUGCCUUUUUUUAUAGAAGGACACUUUCUGAAUAUGAGUGAAAUCUUGAGCUAUUAUGUUUGUCACUAUAUGUUAUUCUUCAUAUUCAUAUUAUAUUAUGAUAUGCGGUGUUGUAUAUUGUAUAGCACAGUGUAGAGUACAAUUAAAAAAUUCAGGGUCAAUAAGAUUAAUACUUUUAUUCAGCAAGGAUGCAUUAAAUUGAUCAAAAGUGACAGUAAAGACAUUUGAUACAAAAUGAAUGAUCCAAAAGAUUUCUAUUUUAAAUAAAUGCUGUUCUUUUGAACUUUCUGUUCAUCCUGAUAAAAUCACAGUUUCCACAAAAAUAUUAAGCAGCACAACUAUUUUCAACUUUGAUAAUAAUAAUAAAUUUUUCUUGAGCAGUAAAUCAGCAUAUUAGAAUGAUUUCUGAAGGAUCAUGUGACACUAAAGACUGGAGUAAUGAUGCUGGCAAUUCAGCUUUGCAUCACAGAAAUACAUUAUAUUUUAAAUGGAUUGAAAAAAGAAAAUUGUUAAUUUAAAUUGGAUUAAUAUUUCACAAUAUUACUGUUUUUACUGUAUUUUUGAUCAAAUAAAUGCAGCCUUGAUGAGAAUAAGAGAUUUCAUAUUGAUAAAUUCAACUUCUCUUUGGACUGGCACAUGCUAACAAGUUUUAAUUCAUAAAUGAAUGUUUAAAAAUAUUAAAUGACUGUUAACUUGAGUAACAAUUUGUAUUGAUUUUAUUCUAUCUACCAUAAUAUCUGUACAUAUACAAACCUUAAUAUGAAAGGCUAUGUAAAAAAGAAAAUUCACAGAUGAAUCAUGUGUCCAAUAUGGACAUAU